GUCCAGCCUCACGGUCUUCACCGUUUUUUAUUCCGAUCUCGAACCCUGAAUAUGCUAACCUGAAGAUCGGGCGAGUAUGAAUGCAAGGCGAACUCAACCUCUCCCCACAGCGACGAUAGCAAGUAUACUUGUGAAACAGAUGGCCGCAUCAAUGACCCUGGACCCUAGCUACUGCUACUAUACUCAGGGCUUCGCCAUAGAGUUCAGUUUCAAUACCUGUUACCACUAGUAGUCCCAUGCCUCAGCCGACAAUCACCGACCCUCAGCACCUUGCCUUCCCGUCUCUAUCUUCAUCCCUUCCGCUGAAACCACCCCGCGACCACUCCGCACGUGCAGUCCAACCUAGUCUCGCCAUGCAUUCCCGGUCCAUUUUCCCUCGCUUACGGCCCAAGCUCUCCUCCCACCACCUACUAUUCUUCCUCGUCUCGUACGUAACCCACCUUGACCACGAAGCUACUUGGCCCGAGCCUGUCUAUGUAUGGGACCCGGUCCAGAAAGAUUACCAGAGCGCAUACCGAGUAUCCGAGACUAUACAGGAGUGGUAAAAUAGACGAGGGAAAGCGAACCAUGGUGCGGAAUGGGCAAUAUGUCAGGUAACCGAGUGUAUGAUUUGAGGAUGUGCACAGAAUGAAUUUUCUUUGUUGUACUACAGAAUCGACUUAUCCUGCUCAAUCAGCAGGCAGGCGCACGAAGAUAGUCGAAGCGGUGUUGAAUUCAUGUUCCAAACGGA